GUUAUUAUUGCAUUUUCGUGGUUUUUUAACGAAAAAUAGACUAAACAUUUAAUCCUAUAUCGCACAAACCUGCCUGUUCAUCGGAGGAAAUGAGUUUUAAAUAUGAAUGUGCCGAUUUCUCGCAGUUUCAGGAGCAGUUGAAAAAAAUGCGCGAUCUGGAUGACAAAAUCAUCUACGCGCUCAAUACGACUAUCCCGACGGAAUCGUUCAAAGGUCAAGUAGAUGCCGAGGUAAAGUGUCGUGAGUUACACGGUCAACUCGAAUCUGGCUACAGCCACCGACAGGAGGCGAUAAAGAAGUGCAUUGUCUCUUGUGCCGAUACGGUCAAAACCUUGAAAGACAAACGAGAAGAAAACAGGGAAGAUGUUGCUCUGAACAAACAAUUCAAAACAGAACAGCGCAAGCUACGAUUACUGCAAGCAGAACUGAGCGUUGAGGAUAUUAUACGAGAACGAACACAGAAAACCUUCCGAGAACGCUGUAGGCUAUUUUUUCGGUUCGAUUCUCUUUAAAACUGGUGGUCCCAUGGACCAGUAGACCAUAUUUCACCAAUGUCGUGACUGUAAUGUGGAUAGCAGUCGUGGUUGCAGAACCGAGUUGCUCAACGGCAUUUACAAAACAGUAGCGCAUUUAUUCAUGGAAUUGUUUAGAAAUCAUCCAACCCGGCCGUUGGUUUUAGUUUAUUCUUGGGAAUCAUUUCGAUGGGGACGAUAAAGUGACCAAACUGAUAACCUCAA